UCCAUUCCCGAUCACCACACAACGAUCUUGUUCCCGCUUAGUGUAAAGAAGCAGCUAGGCAACCAUCAUGGCUUCCAGGAGCACCGUACCUGCCUACCUUCUCCUCCUCAUGGCGCUGCUGCUCUCGUGCAGCGGCAUGGGCGGAGCGGCACGGUUGCUGGAGGCGGCGCCCAAGGAGGAGUACCCGCACCCUGAAGUCCCGGAGCUGCCGCCGCACCCCACGGUCCCCGAGCUGCCGAAACCCGAGGUGCCGGCACACCCCGUCGUACCCGAGCUGCCUAAACCCGAGGUGCCGGCGCACCCCGCCGUACCUGAGCUUCCGAAGCCUGAGAUACCAGCUCACCCUACUGUCCCUGAGCUACCAAAGCCGGAGGUGCAGGAUCACCCUGCCGUGCCGGAGCUGCCGGAGCCCGAGGUGCCCAAGCCUGAAUUGCCUCCUCACCCCACCGCGCCAGAGCUGCCAAAGCCUGAGGAGCCGCACCCAGUCGCGCCGGAGCUGCCAAAGCCUGAACUCCCCCCUCACCCCGUCGUGCCAGAGCUCCCCAAGCCCGAUGUGCCGAAGCACGAGCUGCCACCGAAGCCAGAGGGCCACUACCCGGAGCCGGAGGCAAGACCAUGAGCGGGCUACGGACUUGCAGUCCCCGACAUUUAUAUAUUCUAUCUAUAUCAUUUUACGCGUGCAUAUAUAUUGUGUCUAUAUAUGCACAGUUAUAUGUGUGAGUUGUGAUGAUGUGUACUUGCAUUCGAGCUUCCUUGUGAUGAGCUAGGAUAGUGUGUUUCAGAAGUAUAUAUGUAUGAGUAUGUAUAUCUUUGUUUGGAUCCAUAUAUAUGUGUGUAAAUGAAUAAAGAGUUCUAGUUACUAUCAAUUCUUG